AUGAACCUCCCCUGGAUCCAAGCCAUCCGGAUCAUCCAGAUAAUUUUCGGCCUCAUCGUCGUCGGCCUAACCGCCUACGUCAUCAGCUCCUUCUACGACUGGUGGUCCUUCUCCAGCACAGUCGACUUCCUCCUCUUCCUAGGCUGCUGGACCGCCUUUGUCGCAACACCCUACCUCGGCGCCGCCCCAAUCUUCUUCCCGCGCCUCGCGCACCGCUUCGUUAUUCCCGGUGUCGAGGUCGUCACGAUGAUCUUCUGGUUUGCGGGCUUCAUUGCCCUCGGUGCGGAGUUGCCGCCGCCUAGGUAUUGUCAUUAUAGCACCUGUCGGUCUUUGCAGGCGGUUACUGUUUUUGGGGCUUUUGAGUGGGUCCUCUUCUCCGUCACGACGUACUUUGCCAUUAUUGACCUGCUGCACCAUCGGAAUUCGGGCGAGAGUGCGCAGAAGACGCAGCAUAAUGCCCACCUCGGGGUUUAG